ACGCACACUGACUUCAGAAAGUGGAUCAGAGCCUUAAAUAUCAGGGUCAGUUUGAAAGAUAAACAGCAGCAGGCUGUGUCUACACAUCAUCUGAAGUGAAAGCUCUGUUUAUUCUUUAUUUUAGCUGUCCUCAUUUUUCAGUCCAGCCAACCAAAAUAAGGAAGAGAUGGACAGCAAUUCGACAGGCCUGAUUCAUCAGACCAGCAGCAGAAAAAGGUUGGAUCAUAAGCAGGACACAAUUUGCAUUUUUGGCACCGGGGACUUUGGCAGAUCCUUGGGCAUGAGACUGCUCAAGUCAGGUUACCCAGUGGUAUUUGGUAGCCGUGACCCGAAGAACCCUACCCUGUUGCCAAGUGGAGCGCAAGUGUUUAGCCAUACGGAGGCUCUGAAAACAUCCAAGAUCAUUUUCUUGGCUGUUCACAGGGAAAACUAUGAUUUUAUCCCAGCUCUGUCUGAUUUGCUAGAUGGAAAAGUGCUGGUGGAUGUAAGCAACAACCUCAAAAUGAACCAAUACCCUGAAUCCAAUGCACAGUAUUUGUCUCAACUGGUUCCCAAAACCAAUGUGGUGAAGGGAUUCAAUACAGUUUCAGCCUGGGCCCUACAGUCAGGCAGUCUGGAUGCCAGCAGUCAGGUCUUUGUCUGUGGGGAUGACAAUAAAUCUAAACAAUUGGUGAUGGAUGUUGCCAGGGGCAUGGGCCUCACUCCUCUAGACCAGGGAUCCCUUCUAGCAGCUGAAGAACUGGAGAACUACCCUCUCCAGCUAUUUCCAAUGUGGAGACUACCACUUACUAUAACGGCUGGUCUCACAGUAUUCUUCUUCAUUUACUGUGUGGUGCUUCAAGUGAUCUAUUCUUAUGUAAAUAAGAAUGUUGAUCAUACCUAUAAGAUAAUGAUUUCCAUACCAAAUCAUGUUUUUCCAAUUGUCUCUCUCAUUCUGCUUGGCUUGGUUUACCUUCCGGGUGUGAUUGCUGCAUUCCUCCAACUCUACAGAGGAACAAAAUACAAGAGAUUUCCUGACUGGCUCGACAAGUGGAUGUUGUGUCGAAAGCAGCUUGGGCUUAUUUCAUUUGCCUAUGGCUUCCUUCAUAUUUUUUACUCAUUGGUCAAACCACUGAGAUACAUAUUUUACUGGAAACAAGCUCAGUAUGUUGUAUCCCAGGUGAAACAGAACACAACCUCAGAGUUGGAGAUGACCUGGGUCUGGCGUGGUGAUUUGUUUUAUGCACUUGGAAUUUUGGGCUUUUUUAGCUUCUGUUUGCUUGGAGUAACAUCUCUUCCAUCUGUCAGCAAUGCAAUGAACUGGAGAGAAUUCAGAUUUGUUCAGUCGAAGCUGGGUCAUGUCACAUUGCUUCUGUGCACGGCUCACGCUGCUGUACUUGGAUGGAAUAAAUUUCUAAAACCUACAACAUAUAAAUGGGGGCUUCCACGAGGAUACAUGUUGUCCAUGGUGAUUCCUUGCAUUGUACUGGUUCUAAAGUUGAUUCUCAUACUUCCAUGUGUAGACAGAAUGGUCACCAGGAUCCGGCAGGGCUGGGAAAGGAGAGAAAAAUACGCAGAUAAACUAAACAUUUGACCAAAAGUAUUCCACCUGAAUAAUAUUUUUUGAAAAUACAUGAGUAGUCCAUUCUGAAUAAAAACACUGCAGAAAUGUUCAACACUGGAAUCUGAUACUCUAAACCUUUUGGAGUAAUGGCAUUUAUGAUGUUUAAAUAUUAUAAUUUCUGACCCACCUCUAGAGAGUAGGUUACUCUCCCAAACCCAACCCACCAUAUUUGAACUAAAAGUGGGAUCGUCCCUGGUGAGGUGAGGUCUGUUUUCCUAAUUCAAUAUUUUAACCCACCCCUCCCUGCCCCUUCCACCUGCUCCAAGGGUUAAAAUUGCCCCACUUUGUCACUAAUGUGUGUCUGUUGAAUUAACAGUCGCCCAUCCCCUCACUUUAACCUAACUGGCAUUGCUGAAAAAAGAGACAUGUUUAAACUGAUGAUCAUUUCAUGCUGCAUAUCACACAAACUCUUGAAUUGACCUUAGGCCCUGAAAUGUGCCCAGUCUCCCUCAGGUUACCCUGGAAGGACAAGAUAUCUAAAAAUUUUUAGCAACAGGUGAAGCUAGCUGUUUCACACUGCUACUAUGUAAUAAUAACACAAGUGGCAAUUGCCACUAAAAGGAUGCUGCCAUCAAACCAAAAAGACUUUCUGCCUAUCACACAAAUGAGUACACGGUACACAAAUUUCAGUGUCAGUGUGAUGCCAGGGUAUGUAGGCCAGGUGUCCCAAAGACGGUUGAAUCGUAUUAAACAGCAUGCCUCAGCCGCUGUUUGCAACGGGCAGGGUACAAGCUGUACCCAACCAGCCUGUGCUUGCAAAACUUAAAGCAGUUCCAAUAUUAGUUGUGAGUCCGUGAUUGGACAACAUUUGCUAAACAAUCCUGAGUGUGCUAAGAAUUAUGCUAACAACCAAUUUAAUAUUGUCAGUCGGGCUCACAGUGUGGCACAUUUGCAUCUACUGGAAGCUCCGUAUAUGAAUACACGGGGAACUGUUCUUUGCAGACAGAAAAUUUAUGUACACACAUUACGUCUGUUCCAGUUAAAACAAAUAAGUGACAACUGACUCAUUCCUCAGGGCAAUGCCUUGACCAAUCAGGGUCAAGCUGCUUGGUUUAAAUUUUAAACAAUGCUUGGCAGUUAACUGUCAGUCACCAUCACUGGUGCAUUCUCCAUGGCAACGCCACUUGCUAACCAAUCAGCACUCUCUUCUUAUACAGUAUAAAUUGUUGCUUUCCCCUUACAUUGUUAUUCUUGCGAAGUGUCCUAAUGAGUGCAAGACGAAAAGCUUAGACAUGUUUCUUUUUUCAGUAAUACUCAAGUUCUUUGCUGCCAAAUGACUAUUAACUGGCAUUAUAAAUAAUAUAAUAAAUAAUACUUGUAUUGAUAUAGCUCUUUAUCAUGGUGAAAUGUCUCCAAGGAAGUUACUCCUUUAACAUUUGAUGACAAUGUAUAAGCGACAAUAAUGGGUCAGGCCAGGCAUUGAAGUCAACGUAAAUGAGAAUCGAGGGGGAGGUAUUAAAUAGGUGGCCAAUCUGUCACUGCCUAUUCUAUAGAAUUGGCAAAAGUUAAAAUGAUCUCCCAAGUGUUUACUUUAGAAAAUUAUUUUCUCUUUCAAAUGUACAUUAGUCCUCAAAGCCAUUUUGAGGCUAGCCUGCUUGGCAUCCACAGUGCACAAGCCCAUUAAGCCAGCACGUUAACCGGUCAAACUAGUAGUGCCUAAAACUGAAGAUCCCUUCGAAAUUUAUACCCUCCACAAAGCACCCCACGCACCCCACCCUGAUCAGCAAGCUGCUUGUUGGCACUGCAAAUGCACAGGCAGCUCAUUGAUCAUGUUCAAAUGAAUCCCAACUAUGAAAAUAACUUGGGCCUCCAUGAAACCUCAUCAGAUGGGUGUUGGGAUCAAUCUACCAUCCCUCCUGCCCACUUGAUAUAUGGGCCACUUGAAAAUUUAGCUUUGGCAUUAGGUUUUGCUUUAGCUGACCCUCAAUAGUGUUGCAGUGACUUUGUCAUUGAGACAGAUCAUUAAUUCGUUAAAUUCAAUACAAUGCAGUCUUUGAAAACAUAUUCAGUCAAAUACAAUAUACAUCAUGUACCAAAGGUUAUAAGCCAUAUUUACUUGUAACAUCAUAAUACAAAAAUGGUAUAAAAAUUAUUCAGACUCUUUUCUGGUCCUGUUGCACCAUUGAUUCUUGGGCGACCCUUUCAAUGUUGCUGUAGAAAUCCGACAUUGUAGUUCAAUGCAGUAUGACUAACCGUGUGGACUGAUUAACAGAAAGCAGUUGCAGAUCUACAAUGAACAUCACCUGAGCAUUUGAACGGUGCAAUACACAGAACAUUGAUGGACUAAAGUAAUAAUUAACUUACUGUAAUACUUAACUGAAUUCAUGUAUUUUUUCAUAAUAAAUAGUUACAAUAUCCUAGAUAUUUAACAAUAAAGUUCCUCAAUCAUA